AUGUCAACAUCAAAGGCCAUUGCAAACGUACUGCUUUACACUACGCACUGCACUUCGACAGACAACGGAGAACUAAUAAAUCUGCUUUUGACUAAAAGUAUCGACAUAAAUUCCCAAACCUUGAAAGGGGAAACUGUGCUGCACGAAGCUUGUCAAUUUGGCGAAUUUGACUACGCAAAAAAGUUCCUUGAAAAUGGGGCACAGGUGAAUAUGGUUGACGAUAAAGGAAACACUGCUUUACAUCAUGUUUUUGACAGUCCAUUCUUAUGUGAUGACGCGGACGGUACUUUAUUAGUCAAGUUGCUAAUAGAGAACGGGGUAGACGUUAACGCCCAAAAUAGAACCGGUAUUACGGCACUACAUCUGGCAUGUCGUAGUGGCAUUGGCAAAAUUGCAGAAGUAUUAGUUGAGAAUAACGCAAACGUGGAUGCUAAAGACGCUAUGGACGAAACCGCUUUACAUUACGCUUUACGCUCAAAACAAAAUUGCGUAGACACUUGCAAACUAUUGAUAGCUAAAAGUGUUGAUGUUGAUGCACCAAACAAGCAUGGAAUAACGCCGUUAAAGCUUGCAAUUCAGUUGGGUUUCACUGUAGUUACAGAAUUAUUAACUGCAAAGUGUUCGACCAGUUUUGAACACAGUUUGCACGAGCUAAGUAACGAUAGCGUAAUUCUGGAAGAAAUUGAGAACGUGAAUGUAGAAGAUCAAGAUAUACACGGAUCGACGGUACUACAACGUGUGUGUAGAGAUAAUGGAGACGUUAAAAUGGUGAAACAACUACUCAAAAGAGGUGCUAAAGUGAAUACUGUCGAUAACGAAGAUAGCAACGCCUUACAUUAUGCCCUAAAUUCAGAAACGGAGAAUAUAGAAUUGCUCACUUUGUUGCUAGAACAUAUAGAUUACAUCGACGAUGAAGACUGGAUUGGUAUGACACCCCUGCAUGUUGCAUGUAAAAACGGAAAAUUUUUAAGUGCAAAGUUGUUGCUCAAAUAUGGAGCGGGUGUAAAUAUCACCGACAUCAGUUACCGAAAUGCCUUACACCAUGCUUUGUCGGAUAAAAACCAAAACAAAGAAUUGAUAGCUUUGCUAGUGAGUGAAGGUGCAGACGUAAACGCUCAGAAUAUAGAAGGAGUGACACGCUUACACCAUGCGUGUGAAUACAACAAUUACGCAACAGCCAAAGUACUACUAGACAAUGAAGCACGAAUCGAUAUUUUAGACAGCAAAUACCAAAACGCCUUGCACUAUGCGCUAUUAAACGAAGGAUCACACAAAGAUAUAAUAGACUUGCUGGCACAAAGUGGUGUAGAUGUAAACGGAAAGGAUGAAAAUGGAACCACACCAAUACACCGAGCAGGUGCCAAGGGUGACAUAACUGACUUGGAAUUAAUACUUAAAAAUAGAGGAGAACUUACACUCUUGGACAACAAGGGACGAAAUGUUUUGCACUAUGCGGCAUCUCGAUGCACCGAAGAUGUACCUGUAGUACUAUUUUUAAUACGUAAUGGUUUGAGCAUUAACAGUAGAGACAAGAACAAAAAAACGCCUUUACACAAAGCUUGUCACUGCGGUAAUUUUCUCGUGGCCGAAACGUUGCUUAAAGAGGGGGCGCAACUGGAUAGUGUAGAUAUUAAUAAUGAGAAUGCACUGCAUUAUGCGGCUUCCAAUAUUUUCAACCCCUUUGAUACCAUAAAGAUAAUGCGACUUUUGCUCGAAAGAGGCAUCAAUAUUAAUGCUCAAAAUAAUGAAGGAGCGACACCAGAUAUUAAUAAUGAGAAUGCACUGCAUUAUGCGGCUUCCAAUAUUUUCAACCCCUUUGAUACCAUAAAGAUAAUGCGACUUUUGCUCGAAAGAGGCAUCAAUAUUAAUGCUCAAAAUAAUGAAGGAGCGACACCAUUGCAUCUCGCGUGUAAAUAUGUAAAUGAGGAAUUUGUUGAAGAAUUGCUUAAAAACGGGGUUGACGUCGAUGUGUUUGACAACAACAAGGAGAACGCGUUGCAUUAUGCAAUGAAAACAGCGACCGAGGAGUCGUUCGUAGAAGUUUUGCUGCUGGAUUUUAAUAUUGACAUAAAUGCGCAAAACAAGCAAGGAACUACUGCACUUCAUCUGGCUUGUCAGCGUGGUAUUUUGGGGUGUGUUGCAAUAUUAUUAGAGAAUGGAGCUGACGUGAACAUUAGGGAUAAUGAUAAUAAAAAUGCAUUAUGUUACGUAUCAAAUACGUCUAAAGAUAAAUUGAAGAUUAUUAAUCUAUUAAUUCAAAGUGGGAUUGACAGAGACGAUGAAGAUUAA